AUGGAGACGCCGCACACGCGCUGGAAGCGGCACUGCUGGCGCCUGGCCCUCGCCCUCCUCGCCGCCCUGGCCCCCCGCGCCCGCGCAGAGCCUGCGGAUCUCUUGAAGGUAUUAGAUUUUCACAAUUUACCUGACGGCAUAUCAAAGACAACAGGUUUUUGCACAAGCAGAAGGUCUUCCAAAGAACCGGAUGUGGCUUAUCGAGUAACGAAAGAUGCUCAGCUGAGCGCCCCAACCAAGCAGCUCUAUCCUGCAUCUCCAUUUCCUGAGGAUUUCUCAAUCUUAACCACUGUAAAAGCCAAGAAAGGAAGCCAGUCCUUCUUGAUUUCCAUUUACAAUGAGCAAGGCAUCCAGCAGGUGGGAAUGGAGAUGGGCAGGUCACCUGUGUUCCUCUACGAAGAUCACACAGGGAAGCCAAGCCCAGAGGAGUACCCUCUCUUCCGAGGCAUCAAUCUCUCCGAUGGCAAGUGGCAUCGGAUAGCUAUCAGCGUGCACAGGAAGAAUGUCACCUUGAUUUUGGAUUGUAAAAAGAAAAUCACAAAGUUCUUGGACCGCAGUGAUCACCCUAUCAUUGAUGUCAAUGGCAUAAUAGUAUUUGGAACCAGGAUCCUGGACGAAGAAGUCUUUGAGGGCGACAUCCAGCAGCUCCUGAUGGUGGGGGACCAUCGCGCGGCCGCUGAUUACUGUGAGCACUACAGCCCGGACUGCGACACGGCCGUCCCAGAAGCCCCCCAGUCCCAGGACCCCAGUCCUGAUGAAUACUAUACGGACGGGGAAGGCAACCUGGAGGUAGAGGGGCAAACCUACUACUACGACUAUCCCUACUAUCAAGACCUUGAUGAGAUAGGGAAGGCAGCUCCCACCACCAGCCAGCCUGUGGAUGCCGAAGAAGCAGCCAGCGAAACCACAGAGGACCGCCCCCCUCCUUCCACCCCAGCCCCCCCACCAGUUGGGGAGGGCCCUCGGGAGGAGAGGAGGGGAGAAGGCAGGGUGGACGAUCCACUCGUGGACGAGUAUAAUUAUGAAACCAUCACGGACGAAUAUUACACUCCACUCCCAUAUGAGGAUCUGAACUAUGACGACCUGGACCCGGCAGAGAAGCUCCCGGAGGGCGCCAUUGAGGCGGAAGUUCCCACCACCACCACCGUCAUGGCUGCCAAUGAAACCGCAGCUGCAGGGAGAGGGAGCCAAGGCGGAGGAGAUGCUGACAAAGACUUUGCUGAGGAAACCAUCCGGGAGUACGACACCUACUACGACGGCUACUACGACAGAACGGACUCCCCUGAUAUUGGGCCUGGAAUGCCCGCGAACCAGGACACGCUGUACGAAGGGAUUGGUGGGCCACGAGGUGAAAAAGGGCAGAAGGGGGAGCCGGCAAUCGUCGAACCGGGCAUGCUCAUUGAAGGCCCCUCUGGCCCAGAAGGCCCAGCGGGUCUUCCAGGACCUCCAGGAACGACUGGGCCAACGGGCCCGCCAGGGGACCCUGGAGAAAGGGGACCUCCUGGACGAUCAGGGCUUCCCGGAGCAGAUGGCUUGCCAGGACCUCCAGGAACAAUGCUGAUGCUUCCGUUCCGCUUCAGUGGGGGUGGCGAUGGGGGCUCCAAGGGCCCCGCGGUCUCUGCUCAGGAAUCCCAGGCUCAAGCCAUCCUGCAACAAGCCAGGCUGGCACUGAGAGGACCAGCCGGCCCAAUGGGCCUCACAGGAAGGCCAGGCCCCUUGGGAUCUCCAGGUAGUGGAGGAAUCAAGGGAGAGUCUGGAGACAUGGGGCCUCAGGGUCCACGAGGUGUGCAAGGCCCUCCAGGCCCAUCCGGAAAACCAGGACGCCGGGGCCGGGCUGGCAGCGAUGGGGCAAGAGGGAUGCCAGGGCAGACGGGACCAAAGGGGGACCGAGGUUUCGAUGGCCUGGCUGGACUGCCCGGGGAGAAGGGGCAUCGGGGUGAACCUGGCCCUUCAGGUCCCCCAGGGGCCCCAGGUGAAGAUGGGGAGAGGGGUGAUGACGGAGAAGUUGGCCCCCGAGGUCUCCCUGGGGAACCUGGACCCCGUGGUUUGCUGGGACCCAAAGGGCCACCAGGACCCCCUGGACCUCCAGGCAUAGCUGGCAUGGACGGACAAACAGGCCCCAAGGGGAAUGUGGGUCCACAAGGUGAGCCGGGACCUCCAGGGCAGCAGGGAAAUCCGGGUGCUCAGGGUCUUCCUGGUCCUCAAGGUCCGAUCGGUCCACCAGGCGAAAAAGGUCCACUGGGAAAACCUGGCCUUCCUGGCAUGCCUGGAGCCGACGGUCCUCCGGGCCACCCUGGCAAAGAAGGUCCUCCUGGGGAGAAGGGGAGUCAGGGCCCAGCUGGCCCCCAGGGCCCAAUCGGAUAUCCUGGCCCUCGCGGUGUCAAGGGAGCGGAUGGCAUCCGUGGCUUGAAAGGGACCAAGGGUGAGAAGGGUGAAGACGGCUUCCCUGGAUUCAAAGGCGACAUGGGCAUUAAAGGAGACAGGGGUGAAAUUGGCCCCCCUGGACCGCGAGGCGAGGAUGGGCCUGAAGGCCCCAAAGGCCGGGGGGGGCCCAAUGGCGAUCCGGGACCCCUCGGCCCUGCUGGAGAAAAGGGGAAACUAGGAGUUCCUGGACUGCCAGGUUAUCCUGGUCGACAAGGCCCCAAGGGGUCGAUUGGAUUCCCAGGGUUCCCAGGCACCAAUGGAGAGAAAGGCGGAAGGGGCACCUCUGGCAAACCUGGGCCAAGAGGCCAGCGAGGCCCAACGGGCCCGCGAGGAGAGAGAGGCCAGCGAGGCAUCACAGGCAAGCCUGGGCCCAAGGGCAACUCUGGUGGGGAUGGUCCGCCGGGCCCUCCAGGCGAGAGGGGUCCUCCAGGGCCUCAGGGGCCUACUGGAUUUCCUGGGCCAAAAGGUCCUCCGGGCCCCCCUGGAAAAGACGGAUUGCCUGGCCACCCUGGGCAGAGAGGAGAAACCGGUUUCCAAGGCAAGACAGGUCCUCCCGGGCCCCCGGGAGUGGUCGGACCACAGGGUCCCACUGGAGAGACGGGUCCAAUGGGUGAACGUGGCCAUCCAGGGCCUCCGGGACCCCCAGGUGAACAGGGACUUCCUGGGCUGGCUGGAAAGGAAGGCACAAAGGGUGACCCCGGCCCCACUGGCCUUCCAGGGAAAGAUGGCCCACCUGGUUUGAGAGGAUUCCCUGGUGACAGAGGUCUUCCUGGCCCCAUCGGACCUGUGGGUCUGAAGGGCAACGAAGGCCCACCCGGCCCUCCUGGCCCAGCAGGCUCUCCUGGUGAGCGAGGUCCCGCUGGAGCAGCUGGCCCAAUUGGUCUCCCAGGGCGGCCUGGCCCCCAAGGGCCCCCUGGCCCUGCUGGCGAGAAAGGAGCUCCGGGUGAGAAAGGGCCUCAAGGCCCAGCAGGUCGUGAUGGUAUCCAAGGUCCAGUGGGGCUUCCUGGCCCAGCAGGUCCUGUUGGCCCACCAGGGGAAGACGGAGACAAGGGUGAAAUUGGUGAACCAGGGCAGAAGGGGAGCAAAGGUGACAAAGGGGAACAGGGUCCUCCUGGUCCCACCGGUCCGCAGGGCCCAAUCGGCCAGCCGGGUCCAGCUGGAGCUGAUGGGGAACCUGGUCCUCGAGGACAGCAAGGUCUCUUUGGUCAGAAAGGAGACGAAGGACCAAGAGGUUUCCCUGGCCCUCCAGGCCCCGUCGGCUUGCAGGGCUUACCAGGACCACCUGGAGAGAAGGGAGAAACGGGUGACGUUGGGCAAAUGGGCCCCCCGGGUCCCCCAGGGCCAAGGGGUCCAUCUGGUUCCCCAGGAGCUGAUGGGCCACAAGGGCCACCUGGCGGGAUUGGAAACCCCGGAGCUGUCGGUGAGAAGGGCGAACCAGGAGAAGCAGGAGAGCCUGGCCUGCCAGGAGAGUCUGGGCCUCCAGGUCCUAAAGGCGAGCGAGGGGAGAAGGGCGAAGCGGGUCCCUCUGGGGCAGCUGGUCCCCCUGGCCCCAAAGGCCCCCCGGGGGAUGAUGGUCCCAAAGGCAGCCCUGGUCCAGUCGGUUUCCCUGGAGACCCCGGACCUCCUGGUGAACCUGGCCCAGCUGGCCAGGAUGGUCCACCAGGUGAUAAAGGUGAUGAUGGUGAACCUGGACAGACGGGCUCCCCUGGUCCAACUGGAGAGCCAGGUCCUUCAGGGCCACCAGGAAAAAGAGGCCCGCCUGGCCCAGCAGGUCCUGAAGGCCGGCAAGGAGAGAAGGGGGCCAAGGGGGAAGCCGGUUUGGAAGGGCCUCCUGGGAAAACAGGCCCUGUGGGCCCUCAGGGACCACCAGGAAAACCGGGCCCAGAUGGACUGCGAGGAAUCCCUGGCCCUGUGGGUGAGCAAGGACUUCCAGGUGCCCCAGGCCCAGAUGGACCACCAGGCCCGCUGGGCCCACCUGGUUUACCUGGCUUGAAAGGAGAUUCUGGUCCAAAAGGAGAAAAGGGUCACCCAGGCUUGAUUGGUCUCAUUGGGCCUCCUGGUGAGCAAGGAGAGAAAGGAGACCGAGGUUUGCCAGGCCCUCAAGGAGGAUCAGGGCCUAAAGGAGAACAGGGAAUUUCAGGUCCUUCUGGUCCAAUUGGCCCUCCUGGCCCUCCAGGGUUACCGGGUCCCCCUGGUCCCAAAGGUGCUAAAGGAUCUUCGGGUCCAACAGGCCCAAAGGGUGAAAUGGGCCAUCCGGGACCACCAGGACCUCCCGGCCCUCCAGGGGAAGUGAUCCAACCUCUUCCUAUCCAGUCAUCUAAGAGGACACGGCGAAACAUCGAUGCCAGCCAAUUGAUUGAUGAAGGCAACUCUGACAACUACAUGGAUUAUGCUGAAGGCAUGGAGGAAAUCUUUGGCUCCUUAAACUCCCUGAAACUGGAAAUUGAGCAGAUGAAGCAUCCCUUGGGCACCCAGCACAACCCGGCUCGGACCUGCAAAGACCUGCAGCUUUGCCAUCCUGAUUUCCCAGACGGUGAAUACUGGGUGGACCCGAAUCAAGGCUGCUCCAGAGACUCCUUCAAGGUCUACUGCAAUUUCACGGCUGGUGGCGAAACCUGCAUCUUCCCUGAUAAGAAGUCCGAAGGGGCUAGAAUUACUUCAUGGCCAAAGGAAAACCCAGGCUCCUGGUUCAGUGAAUUCAAGCGCGGUAAACUGCUUUCCUAUGUCGAUUCGGAUGGCAACCCCAUUGGAGUGGUGCAGAUGACGUUCCUGAGACUCUUGAGUGCCUCUGCCCACCAGAAUGUCACCUACAACUGCUUCCAGUCAGUGGCGUGGCGGGAUGACUCCACAGGCAAUUACGACCGGGCCAUUCGCUUCCUGGGCUCCAACGAUGAAGAGAUGUCCUACGACAACAAUCCUUUCAUCAGGGCUGUCUUCGAUGGCUGCGCAACAAAGAAAGGCCACCAGAAGACCAUCUUAGAGAUCAACACGCCCCGAGUGGAGCAAGUCCCCAUUGUCGACAUCAUGUUCAACGACUUUGGAGAAGCAUCACAGAAGUUUGGAUUUGAGGUGGGACCAGCUUGCUUCAUGGGCUAAGAGCCACUCAGAACACCAGUCUCCAAAUGAGCAACCUCGUAACCUCAUUGCGCCUUCUUUUUUUGGCUACAUUGUGGUCGUCGUCACAUGCACGUUCUGAAACGGAAUUAUUUGAUGGGUUUAUUGUUUUUAUUUGUUUUCUUGUUUUGCCUGAGUCCCAACUCUUCCACCAGACCCAAGACAUUCUGUUGCCCCAGUCAAAGACAGACCCAUUCCCACCACAGGCUCUAGAAUCACAUGACUUAAAAGCAUCACCUGAUGGCAACAGCAGCCUCCCCCUGCUAUGCAGCUUCUUCAGGACCACCUGUGGUCUCGGCUUCCUUGCAUGGCUUGUAGAGGAAGCACUCUGGCCACACUCCUAGCGCUCGCUCAGUCUUCUCUUGGACAGCCUCACUGAAGUCACGGAAAGACAUUGUCCUGAGUGGGGAGUUUCCUGUCUCUGAAGGUUCUGACAACACCACGGUGGUUGCCUUGCCUCUGUGAAGGAAUGUGGACCGAGGACCUUUGCAAGCCUUUCCAGUUAGAGUCUUGAUCAGGACCCAUCUGGAAUAUCCCUCAAAAUCAUUGUUUAUCUCUUUUCCUGUUUAGAUCCUAAAAAGUAAUGACUAGAACCAAUUAGGCAAAAAAAAAAAAAUCGCAGGUUCUGACUGUAAGCCCCGUAUGAUAAAGGUGCUUCUAUUUUUGUAUGUUUGUAAGUAAAUAUUUGUAUAUUAUUAUUUUAAAUAUAAAGUAUCUCUGGCUUCAAAACAUGCAUGUGACUCACCCCUGCCCCUUGUUGGUAAUUUAAGGAACAAGCAUUCUUGCCAGCGCCCAGCGGAGAUGCCAGGACUCCACCCAGGCCCUGGUCCCCUGAUCUGAGGCACGGGGGCUCAGCUGAGGAGUUCCACAAGCAGCUUCCUCAGUUGGCACACGUAGAACUGUGGCCUGCAUUGUGGGCGCACAAGCCCAUUUUUGUGAAGACCAAACGAUGCUUUGUAAAAGCUAAAAUCAGGCAUGUGCUUGUAUGUUUAUGGAAUCAGGGCAAACAUAUGACAUGUCUCCAAAAGCAAGAUAAACUGUGGAAUUUCAGAUUAAUUUCCAGGAAACACCUUGCUCUACCGGAAUGCCUUUGCUGCAAAAUGCACCCUUGCCUUCUACGAACAUUUUGUUCUGAUUUGGUCAACAUUAAUGACUAGUUCAGACAAGAGGUCAACUCCAUCACUGCCUUGCCUUCACUUGAUUCCGUGUACAGGUUUAUAUUUUUGAAAGUGCCUUCUCCAAAGCAAAAGGCUAGCUUCCCUUUCCAAGUUGCAUUCCCAGGGGAAGUUGCGUAUGGCAGGGAUAUCCAUUGCUUUCCUCUCUUCAUACAAAAAAAGGUAAACCCCCCCCAGGGCUCCUGUUUUGUUUUUGUUGGUGCUAUCUGUUUGAAUGACUUUAGGACAACACUGGCGGAGCCCUGCCAUUCGCCAGCCUCCGGGGUCUCUUUGCUCCAAGUGCCUCUUCCUCUGCCGGUCUUGGAUGGAGUUUCAGACCAGCCUCCCACUCAGUAAGUCGGUUGAGCUGCUGCUGUGACUCCCCUUCUGAGCCCUUGGGGGACUGUGUGGAAAGCACGGGGAUUCUGGGGCUCUGUUUAUUUUCUGGUAACAAAUAGAAUAUUCAUACCUUUUAUAGGAGGGUAAUUAUGACAGAUUUGUACUCAGUCGCUGACUAUUUGUGGUGCUAAUUUAUGUAUUUGUUCAAUGUACUAAGUCAAGAUCAAACUCUCCCCCGCCCCCGCGUGUGUCCAGAGGAGAAUGUGCAGCUCCGUUGCCUUUUCAGAAGGUCUUUGCGUGGGCAGCAGGAAGCCCUGUCGGUCUCCCCCCGUUUUGACUGGUGCUUCUCCCAGGUGAAAGAAAAAGAUGCAAAGGUGUUUAUGUCAAAUCAAGGUGUAGGAUUUGCAAAGGAAAAGAUAUCACAUUUACUGUGAAUCGAAGCCGAUGCCUGAUGUCUUUUCCCCACUGCUUCCCAAAGGAGAGUUGGUCGUGUGCUCUGCAGUGGUGGUUUGGUACUCCGAGAGGCUCAGGCUCCACCUAGGAAAGGAAGGUGGCCGAGGAGGACCCUGGCUCUCCUGGGAAGCUCUGGCUGAGCAGACUGGCUCCCCCGGGUGCCAGGCCACCUGCCUCUUCCCCCGUUGCUGAGCUUCCCUGGACUGGCUCUUUCUGGCCUGCACACCUGGCAGCACCUCGCAUGGCUCAGGUGGGCAGGUGUCCCUCAGCAGGUGACUUAGGAAUGUGGAAGGGGUUACUGGAGACAACCUCAUCCAACAGCAAAGCAGUGCAACUUGCAAGUAUUGUACCUGGCAUCUUUCACUUCACUCAGACAACAGCCAUGUUGCAGGAAAUCUGGGAAAUUCAAAACUGGGUGCAUCUAUUCAUGUCUGCACUUAAGAAUUGCACACACUUGGGUCAUGUGAUUCUGUUCCAAUAAUUUCUCAUCAAGGGAUCUUUACUCUGUCUUGUUUGCCACUGUUGGUGCUUUUGUCAAAAUCCUACCAAGUGUUGUAAAACUGUACUGAAGUUUUCCCUUUUUUUAUCAUCCCCUUUCCAGACCACUUAGCUACGGUAUAUUGCAAUAAAAAUUUCUUCUUGUAUUGGCAGACAUUUCUUUCUGUGUAAUUUUAUCCCCCUUUCCCUCUAAUAUAUAUGACUUGAACAAAUGUUGAUGAGAAAAGAAAAAUAAAACCUAUGGAAGCAAAAGUUUCAAGCACAUAGGGCCCUUUUUAAGAAAUACAUGGAUAACGUAUUUGUACAGCUUUUCAAAUUCCAGUCCAACCUGUCAGUGCCCAUAAGAGGUAUUUUAAGGAAAAAUAUUUUAAACCUGUGUAAUAAAGGAUUAAAUGUAAGAGAUUUUUUUCAAUAAAUCAAGUUUACUGUUUCCACCGAA